AGGCGGGAAAACAGAGGCAUCCUCAGAGCAAAAUGUUCACUGGCCGCCAGGCCUGGUUCUCCCAAAGCGUCGCUCGAGAGCUCUGUGACCUUUGGGUUGCCGAAGGAGGAGUGAUCACAAACCACAAGGAUGCCGAUUACCUAUUCAGCAGUGAUGCUUCCCACCCUGAUACAAAAAGAAUACACGAGAGCUUAGAUUAUCUAGAAGACAGAAUUGAAGUUUUUCAUUCCUGUUACCUCAGUUCAAGUGUCAACUCUGAAAUUAAAACCACAGUGCCGCUGGGCCACUUCCUCCUCCCACCUGCCUGCUUACAAGAAGAAAUUAGAGCGAAAAUUGGCAGUUUUAUAUGGGAGCAAAUAGCUGAACCUCUGAGGCUUCAGCCCAGUGCACCUGCUGAAACAAGCCAUGGCAGGACUGACCAAGAGAUAAACAACUCAAGAGGGUUGGAGAGAAGUGAAGACCAUCAAACACCAAGAACACCAGAAGGAACAAAGUUGGCCUACGUUCCACUGCAGGAUUAUCCAGCAAGUAACAUGAUGACAGGUUAUGACUCUGCUAAAGAGAUGAAGAAAUAUCUUGGGGAGAUACGGGAUUUCAUUCCUGGACGCUCUGGAUACUUGGUGUACUGUAUACAGAGUGAGAUGAGUUUUUUCUCCAAACCAAACUUGAAGCGAAAGUUAUAAAUAAUAUUUAAUUUCACAUGAA